AAAAACCAAAAUGAUAUGCAUAUGAAGAACAUGCAUUUUGCUGAAUUUAUAUGUAAUCUCACACAUCUUAACCCUAACUGGAAUUUACUGACUGACAAUGGCAAAAAAAAUCUUAGAGAAGUUAGCUAUUCUGGAUGAGCAAGCAAAGACACUCUUGGCCAUAAGAGCAAAGAAAAACUGCCUUCAGCGUGAAGUAAAGAAAAAGAUUUCGGUGAUGCCUCUGACAUUUGAUUUUCAGUUGGAAUUUGAAAAGGAUAUUGCUACCUCCAUAUCUGAGGCAGAAUCAAAGAUCACAAAAGACAAAUCAUAUGGCAUUAAAAAAACAAAAAGAUAUGUCUCCUUCAAAAAUAUGCCUGAACCUAAAAGGAGUGAUUUUGAAAAGUCAAAUUUAAGACCACACUUUGUACCAACAAAAAUAAAAAUUCAAGAACUCAAGUCAAUAGAGCCAGUAGAAGAAUAUCUAAAAUCAAGAUCUAUUAGAUCUUUUCAUUAUCUUAAGGAUACAACUGAGGCAGAACAUGCUAAGCCCUUCCUUGAACUGUAUUCACAGCAUAGACAACAACAAUGUAGAAGAACAUUGGGUUCUACAAUCUUUUCUCCUGUACCCAGCAUUCAGUCUAAUGCUUAUAAGAAUGAAAAAGACUCUAUUAACAGAAUAAAAUCUCCUCCAGAGAUGAAUGAUUUUAGUGCAAAAGAAAAUAAAUCCAUCAGAAAUGAUCAAUUAAAUGAGUAUUCAGUAAGAAAGAAAAGCUUGCUCCCCUUGUGCUUUGAGGAUGAACUGAAAAAGCCAAAUGCCAAGAUUAUCGACAUUAGUCCAGCAAAGACAGCAACUUCUUACACGGAACAAAAUGAUACAAAUCCCAUAAUUUUCCAUGAGACUGGGUAUGUACAAAUGUUACUUUUGACAAAAAACAGGCUUCCUCCCCAUUCUAUGGAAAAUGGAAAUGGUUACCCAUAUAAAAAAUCAAAUAUUGUUUUAGAAAGAAAUUGUGAAAUGCUCAAAUCUGUAACUAGAGGUCAAUCUAUUACUCCUUCCAAACCCAAAAGAACUCUGCCCACAACACAGAAGAAAACUAUAUAAGCAGUAUCUUUUGAAGUAAGCCGUAGAG